UAAUAAAAUCUCGCUCGCGGACAAAAUGCGCCGCGAAACCUCGUUUGUCGUUCUUCUUGUCUGCAUUUGCGCGCUCGUGGACGCCGCAACCGCGACGUGCACCGUCACCAAGCACGAGGACGGACGAAGCGAACGUUUGAAAUGUUUCAACGUGACUCUGCAAGCGAUUUCCAACGGCUCGUUCGUCACAAGCGACAUUCUGAUCUUUCAAUCGUCGAUUGAGACAAUUCCCGAUCGGGCGUUUCUGAAAUACAACGAAAAUCUGAUAUCUCUGAACGUGCACGACUGCGGCAUCAAAGAGAUUUCAAGCUACGCUUUCGACGGUCUGAGAUAUCUAAAGAAAAUCGGUCUGUCGUACAACAACAUCACGAACGUGAGAUAUCAAUGGUUCGUCGGUCUGACGUCUCUCGAGCAAUUGGAUCUCUCGUACAAUCACGUAGCGUCGAUCGAGCCCGACGUUUUUAAGGAACUGCGAGGUCUGAGGAGACUCGACGUCCGAGGAAAUCGUUUGACGUGUUUGGAACCGGUCCAGCUCGCGCCUAUGACGGGUCUCGAGAAGCUUCGGUUUUCCGGAAAUCCCCUGACCUUCAGAUGCCGCAGCACGUUGACGCUGUGGCUGCAAGAUCUGGGUAUCGGUUACAGGACCGAGCAGCGCGGGGAGGACGAUUGGCUGGACAAUAUCUUGUGGCUUUGCACCGCGGAUGACGGCAAAGUGGCCGAAUCCGAGAUUCUGAUGAAAGAGUGCGUUAUUCUGAAUCUGUUCAAUCAGCUGCGAACCGGUUUAUCAACAGCCGAAUCGUCUCCACUCUUCGUUCCUCAGGAUUGCAUUUACAUGAGAAACCAACUCACGCAAUGUGUCGCCCGCAAUUACAGACACGGCAGGGAAGUCGUCACCAACGGGCACGUAGUGAGGAAACUGUUGCGACAGUUGUACGAAACCAAGUCGACUGUGUAACGCGCGACAGAUACACAAUUGUGCACAACAAUUGUUGAAACUUUUUAAAAUUCUUUCGCUAAAUAACGCGUUACCUACUUAAAACUAUGGUUUUUGCUGAAAUACAAAAAUUUGCAAUGUAAUAACAAUUACGUUCUGAAAUGUAAAACUUGUCUAAUUGUUCCGAUAAAAAAAUUAAUUUUCACAAAUAUUAUCUUCUAUAAAUAAAUAAAUA